ACAUUGAAGCGAAUGUCAUUCGUUACAUGUCGUAGAUUUUUCGUCGUUACCAAAUGGAUUUGCUGGUUGGUUAAGUAUCGACACCUUUUCGUUUCUACGCUGUAUUCCUUUCUCUUACUUAUAUCAAUAAAGAGUGCAUAGUUCACAUGCACGAAGAAUAUUGCAAGGGAACUCGAAGCUCAACGGAACGUUCUCCUUUUGGUAAAAAGCUUUUACCAGUUUACAGCAACGGUCAAGGAGGCGCAGGAGGGCUUUGGGCAGUGUUUUCCGAUAUUUUAGCAGGUGGAGUUGCAGGUUUUGCUGCAGAUUCUGUGGUGCACCCCAUAGAUACUGUGAAAGCACGAUUGCAGUUUCAACAAGGUUCCAACCUCAAAUACAGAGGAAUGUUGCACGCUUUUACCACCAUCAUAAAAGAAGAAGGAGUUAGAAAGGGUCUGUAUACCGGAGUUGAUGCUGUUCUUUUGGGCUCUGUUCCUUCGCAUGCUAUUACUUUUGGAGUGUAUCAUCUUGUAAAGCGAACAACGGAACCACGUCUUAAAUCAACAGAAUUGUUACCUUUGGUUGACUUGGCGGCUGGCGCUCUCAGUGAAGUCGCUGCUUUAUCGACAUAUGUGCCUGCUGAAGUGGCUGCUAAACGAAUGCAAACUGCGAAACUUGGGUUUUCAAGAGAGUAUGUCUCAGCACUCCAUGCUUUUCGUAUGAUUGUUAGAACGGAAGGGAUACGUGGCCUGUAUGUAGGAUUUUUGCCGACUAUGUUGAGGGAUGUUCCUUUUACUUCUUUACAAUUUGCUUUUUUUGAGCAAGUCAAGAUUUUGUGGCGGUCGUUUGCUCAUCGUUCAAGUUUAAACAAUACAGAAACUUAUGUUUCAGGUUCGUUCGCUGGAGGUUUGGCUGCAGCGUUGACCAAUCCAUUCGAUGUCGUAAAAACGAGAAUGCAGACUCAACCUGUUGGUAAUGACAGAAAAUAUAAAAGUCUUGUACAUUGCUUUUGUCAAAUCAUGAAAGAAGAAGGUUUUUUAGCAUUCUUUAAAGGAGUUGUUCCUCGAGUUGUUUGGAUAGCUCCUGCUAGUGGCAUUACUUUGGGAGUUUUUGAAGGACUCGUUUCUAUCCUGGAUAAGGAAAGAAGCCAAGAAAGUGAAGCAGAGCGUCGCGUACGAAACAAUUUAUCAAAUAAUGCGAUGUGUAAACAGACGGCAGUUAUUGAUGGUUAAUUAUUGAAAAAUUUUGAUGUUUUGUAACGCGUAUAUCAGUUUAUGUAAAGAUAGUAAAAUUUGUUCUAAUUCUGCUCGAAUACUGUCAUAUUUG